CCUACAUUGUUCUAUUUAUAUUCUUUUUCUUCUUUCUUUUCUUUAGAGAGAGGGAACCAUCCAAUUGAUUGCCAUGGGAACCCCGGAGACAUUACGCGAGCCCUGCCCUGAUCGCAUCCUGGACGACAUAGGCGGCGCUUUUGGCAUGGGAGCCGUUGGAGGCUCCGGCUUUCACUUCAUCAAAGGUUUCUUCAACUCUCCCAAGGGUUCACGCCUCGUCGGCGCGUCACAGGCAAUGCGUCUCAACGCGCCGAGACUGGGCGGAGGCUUUGCGGUUUGGGGUGGACUCUUCUCCACCUUCGACUGCACCUUGGUGUAUGUUCGUCAGAAGGAGGAUCCAUGGAACUCAAUCAUGUCUGGAUUCGCUGCCGGAGGAUUUCUCGCCAUGCGUCAGGGACCGGCUGCCGCCAUGCGCUCCGCCUUGUUCGGUGGUAUUUUGCUGGCGCUUUUUGAAGGAGCUGGGAUCAUGGUCAACAAGGUCAUCUAUGCACCGCAGGCGGAGGAGCCUAUGCCGACCGAUUACCCUUCAGGCGUCGGAUUUCCGGGUAAGCACGGUUCUCAGCCUUCUCCGCCAAUGGCCUCGGAAUCGGAGGCUAAAACUUCUUGGUUUGGUGGAUUCUUGGGUGGAGGGGAGAAGAAGGAGCCGUCGUCUAGUGGCGACGGAAGCAAAACGACGAUUCUGGAGAGUUUUGAUGCCCCACCGUUGCCGAAUUUUGAGUACAAGUGAAAGAAACAAGAAAGAAAAGUUAGGGUUAGGAUUAGGAUUAGGAUUAGGAUUUUUUUGGGGGAUAAUUGAUUAUUAUUGGGUGGAGUAGCUAAGUAUAGUCUUCAAUUAACUUUCUUUUUUAAUUGGCACUGAAAGUAUGAACCUUUUAGAAGGAUAAAUGGAUUCAGGUGAUAUUGCACUCUGGAAAUAUUUUUUUUUUUAAA